AUGCUCCGUGCCCCACGCCCCGGUCCCCACGCCAGCCGCGGCAGCGUCUCGGACUGCAGCCCCUUCCCGGAGCGCCGCCUAGGUGCCCUCAACCGUGGCCCGUGGGACCCCACACCCCCGACGCCCCCCGCGCGCCGCCGCGCCCGGAGCUGCGCUCGGGGCCGCGCCCGGAGCCGCCCCCACCGCCGCCCCCGCCGCACCCUGCCGCCCCGGCGCCCGCGAAGCCCCACGCCCCGCGCCGGCCGCCGCGCCACGCCUGCGAGGCCCCGCCGCCAGCGCCCCCGGGCUGCACAAUGCGCCGCGCCGCCGCCGCCGGGGUCUGUCGCCCAGGGCAACCGCAGGACGCGAGACAGCGCGACGGGGGGCGGGGGUACGCGGACCGGCCCGGGGGCCCAGGUGGUAGAAGGGGGCAAGGACGAGGUGCCCGAGGCCAAGAUCGAAGCAGGGAUGGAGCCAGAAUUAAAACGAGGCGUUUCCCAAGACUUGGUUUCUUGCCCCAAAUUAGACAGAUUCAAAAUAGCAAAACAACUAACCGACAAGGCAAUCAAGGAAAAGAAGAUCUUCUCCAUCUACGGACACUACCCAGUGAUCCGGGCCGCCCUGCGGAGGAAGGGCUGGGUGGAAAAGAAGUUCCACUUUCUGACCAAGUUCGUGCCGAGCGUUGACGGCGACGGGGAAGGGGUGCCGGACAACAAACAUGCUGAAGGCAAAGAGAAUCAAGAUGUGGCUUUAGAGAAAGCAGACGACAUCCACGAUGUGAUGUCCAGGUUGGUAAAAAAUGAAACGCCCUACUUCCUCUGGACAAUCAAAAGGGACGUCAUCGACCAUCACAGCCUGAGCUGUGACCAGAUGCUGAACCACUACGGCAAGACCGCGUCCUUCACCACCAAGAUCGGGCUGUGUGUGAGCAUGCGGAGCCUGCCGUGGUACGUCCAGGCCAACCCCGACACCUUCUUCCCGCGCUGCUACAGCCUCUGCACGGAGGGUGAGAAGCAGGAGUUCCUGGACGACUUCCGGCGCACGGUGGCCUCCAGCAUCCUGAAGUGGGUGGUCAGCCAGCAGAGCAGCAGGAGCAAGCCGAGGAGCCGGCGGGAGGAGGCCCGCGAGAGCGCCGCCAGCAGCAGGAAAGUUCCUGAGGGUGCAGGAUUGAGGCUCAUGGGCCUGUCGGGGCAGUGCGUAGACGUCGCGUGCAAGGUGUGCAAGGCCUACCUGGGACGGCUGGAGCACGAGGACAUUGAUCUCACCGAGGACGCUGCCAGGGACCUCACAGAGGCCGAGUGGAGCGACCUGACCCAGCAGUACUACUCGCUUAUUCAUGGCGAGGCCUUCAUCCCCAGUUCCAGAAAUCACUUUUCACAGUGCCAGGCCCUGCUGAACAAAAUCACCUCUGUGAACCCCCAGACCGAGAUUGACGGGUUUCGGAACAUCUGGAUCAUCAAGCCUGCGGCCAAGUCCCGCGGCCGAGACAUAGUGUGCAUGAACCACGUGGAGGAGAUCCUGGAGCUGGUGGCUGCAGGCCAGCCGCCCGCCAAGGACAACAAGUGGGUGGUGCAGAAGUACAUCGAGACACCGCUGCUCAUCUAUGACACCAAAUUCGACAUCCGGCAGUGGUUCCUGGUCACCGACUGGAACCCGCUGACCAUCUGGUUCUAUAAGGAGAGCUAUCUGCGCUUCUCAACGCAGCGCUUCUCCCUGGACAAACUGGACAGCGCCAUCCACCUGUGCAACAACUCCAUCCAGAAGCACCUGAAGAACGACAAGGACCGCAGCCCCCUAUUGCCCUGUCACAACAUGUGGACCAGCACCCGGUUCCAGGAGUACCUGCAGAAGAGGGGCCGCGGGGCCGUGUGGAGCAGCCUCAUCUACCCGUCCAUGAAGAGGGCCAUCACCAACACCAUGAAGGUGGCCCAGGACCACGUGGAGCCACGCAAGAACAGCUUCGAGCUCUACGGCGCCGACUUCAUCCUCGGGCGCGACUUCAGGCCCUGGCUGAUCGAGAUCAACUCCAGCCCCACCAUGCACGCGUCCACGCCCGUCACGGCGCAGCUGUGCGCGCAGGUGCAGGAGGACACCAUCAAGGUGGUGGUGGACCGCAAGGCCGACCGGAACUGCGACAUCGGCAACUUCGAGCUGCUGUGGAGACAGCCUGCAGUGGAGCUGCCCACGUCCCAGGGCUCUGAUUUGCUCGUGGAAGGUGUGGGCAUGAGGAAAGCCAGGAAGCAGAUGCCAGUGAUCGCCAGCUUUGACUCUGUGCCUCCACUCUCGGACAUCCAUCCGCUGAAACAGAGAUGCCCCUCAGCCAUGCUAGGCCUGGACCAGGGACCCCCACUCAUGGCUCUGCACCAGGACUUGAAACUGAGAGACCAAAAGGUACUUCCUUGCACCUUGCCUGUGCACUUACACAGGCUGGUGGAGAGCAGCGCUAAAGCCAAGAGUGGCCACAGGGAGUCCGGCGGGAAGAUCGAGCUCCCCUCCUGCACCUCUCAGCACCCAGACAAUAAGGCCCCCCGCCCCGCUCUCGCCAAGGCUGAGUCCGACAGACACUCAGAUCCAAACUCGUUACAUGUGCACCCACUGCCGUCCAUGCUUCCAAGUGUGAAGACCGCAGAGGGUGCUCCGUUUCAGCCGCCCAGACCACCAGAUGUUCAGUACAUGCGCGAAUCGCCCCCUAGAAUCGCCAGCUCCAGGCACGAGGAGCCAGUGCUUUCAGAGCUGGCAGGGCCCUCGCAGGCCACCUCCAGUUUCACCCGCUCUCCUCACCCCGUGUCCAGUCUGGCACCGAGGCCCAUCAGCUCUGCCACUUAG